AUGGGCGUUUGCCUCCUCGUUUCCUGCCUCAUCCUGGGCAGUGCUGCCAGCAGACCCAGUUUGCACUUCCACACGCACGGAGCCCCGAGCUCGACCGAUGAAGAGCCCGGGUCAGCUUUGAGCUCCAAGGAGGUGGAAGUGGCAAUCACGAAAGCAACGCAGGACGGGAAAUGUCCGGAGAAGCUGGUUCUGCGCGAUGUGGGCGUCAUCGGAGGCUACGAAGUCGGAUGCGCAAUGGCACAGAACCCCUGUAAGUGCCCCAACAACUUCGCAAAAUGUGUGACAGAUAUGGCAGAAGUGCCGGAGAAAGAGAUUCCAGAGAACGUGCGUGCUUUGGGGUUUGUAAACGGAUUGCUCGUCAUCGCGGUUGUGCUCAUGUUUGUGGCCUGCUGGUGGUAUGGCUGCCUGCCAUCUGACGAGCCGGAGACGCCUGCGGACCUUGUGAAGGACCUGGCAAUUCAAGCGGCCUCAGCAGCAGUGGUCGCAGGAGUCACAGCGACGGCUGCCACAGUGUCAUCUAAAUCUAAAUCUGAAGCCAAGGCCAAGGCAGAGACGCCAAGCGCGGAAACCACAGAGGUGAAGAAAUAA